CUAUAGCUUCGUCUAUAUUUCUUCUUACCUCAACCUCUGUUCUAGCUUCUACCCAGCAACUUAAUUCAUGUAUUUAUUACUUGCACACUUUCUCUUCUAAUCUCCCUAUCCCAACCAUUUCUCUCUCCAACCUAGCUUGCUCAACCCCAACAGUACUGUUCCACCCAGAACCCAAUCCAUCCUUCAUUUCUCUCUUCUUAAUUGACAACGUACACACCAUGAUAUCCAUUGCCUCUAACAACAACAACUCUGUUGUUGUUGAGACGCCGGAAAUCUCUCCCACUCUGAUCUCCGACGUCGUUUCCACCUCUCAGACCCAACCGGAGAAGCAGCAGCCAGCCAUCACCACUCAUCAUGAUCAUGUCUUCAAAUCCAAGCUUCCGGACCUUCCCAACAUUUCCAACCACCUCCCUCUCCACACCUACUGCUUCGAGAACAUCUCCGACUUCUCCGACCGACCCUGUCUCAUCGUCGGCUCCACCGGAAAAACCUACACCUUUUCCGAAACCCACCUCAUUUCCCAAAAGACCGGAGCCGGCCUCUCCAAGCUUGGCAUCACCAAAGGCGAUGUGAUCAUGAUCCUCCUCCCAAACUGCGCCGAGUUCACCUUCGCAUUCAUGGGAGCUUCCAUGAUCGGCGCCGUCACAACCACAGCCAACCCCUUCUACACCGCCUCCGAAAUCUUCAAGCAAUUCAAGGCCUCCAACGCCAAGCUCAUCAUCACUCAAUCCACAUACGUAGACAAGCUCCGACACUCCGGUACCAGCUCUGAUCAAUACCCGAUGCUCGGCGAACAUUUUCAAGUGGUCACCAUCGACGACCCUCCCAUGAACUGCUUACAUUUCUCAGUCCUCUCAGACGCCAACGAAAACGAACUUCCGGAGGUUUCCAUUGAUCCAGAGGACCCUGUAGCGUUACCUUUCUCUUCAGGAACUACAGGGCUUCCAAAAGGAGUGAUUCUAACUCACAAGAGUCUGAUCACAAGUGUGGCUCAGCAAGUGGACGGAGAGAAUCCAAACCUGUACUUGAAGGAAGACGAUGUCGUUUUGUGCGUGCUGCCAUUGUUCCAUAUCUACUCCUUGAACAGUGUCUUGUUGUGUUCUCUCAGAGCAGGGGCGGCGGUUUUGGUAAUGCACAAGUUUGAGAUUGGGACGCUUUUGGAGCUCAUACAGAAGUACAGAGUGUCUGUGGCGGCGGUGGUGCCACCGCUGGUGAUAGCGCUGGCGAAGAAUCCUAUGGUGGCGGACUAUGAUCUCAGCUCUAUUAGAGCGAUCUUAUCCGGAGCGGCGCCGCUGGGAAAGGAUCUAGAGGAGGCGUUGAGGAGCCGUGUGCCUCAGGCGGUGUUGGGCCAGGGUUAUGGGAUGACAGAGGCAGGGCCGGUGCUAUCAAUGUGCCUGGCAUUCGCAAAGCAACCGUUUCCAACGAAGUCAGGGUCAUGCGGCACCGUGGUUCGAAAUGCAGAGCUCAAAGUCAUCGAACCCGAAACUGGUCGCUCCCUCGGCUACAACCAGCCUGGCGAGAUUUGCAUCCGUGGCUCUCAAAUUAUGAAAGGAUAUUUGAACGACGAUGAGGCCACGGCAACCACCGUAGAUGUCGAGGGAUGGCUUCACACCGGCGACGUUGGCUAUGUGGACGAUGACAAUGAGGUUUUCAUCGUUGACAGAGUUAAGGAGCUCAUCAAAUUCAAAGGCUUCCAAGUGCCACCAGCUGAACUAGAAGCCCUCCUUGUAUGCCACCAAUCCAUUGCAGAUGCAGCUGUUGUUCCGCAAAAAGAUGAUGCUGCAGGGGAAGUUCCGGUUGCAUUCGUGGUUCGAUCUAAUGGUAAUGAACUCACUGAAGAGGCUAUAAAAGAAUUUGUAGCAAAGCAGGUGGUGUUUUACAAGAGACUGCACAAGGUCUACUUCGUGCAUGCAAUUCCGAAAUCUCCGUCUGGAAAAAUCUUAAGAAAAGACCUCAGAGCCAAGCUAGCCACUCCGAACGUUUAACUAGUCACUACUCAUACUCCAGUAUCCUCAUGUUUUACUUCGCUUCUUCACACAUUUCUUUUGUUGUAAGCUUGCAUUGAUUAAUUGCCUUGCACGAAACGUGCCUACUUCAUAUAUAUUACAUAAGUGGAUCGAUCAUGAUCGAAUUGUAUCAUAAUUUUGAUGCUGUCCGUUGCAGUAAAUAAACACUUAGAAUCAUUUUUCCAAUUAGCGUGAACCCCUGAUUCUUUGAAUAAGAUUUGUAAUGUCAUACACAA